UAUUUUGAUUUUUAAUCCUAUUCUUCGAUAUUUUCAGCAUGAGAUUCAAAGCUUUCAUUUUUAUUCAGUGCAUAAUACUGUAUAGUCAAUAUGAUUCCUUGAGUGCAAAAGCGUUAAUCGGAGAGUAUGUUAGACGAGUAAGACCGGAUGAAUUUAAUUUUAUAGUAUCUAUCGAACGAAUUAAUGCCUCAAAUCCUAUAAUACAGAAUAAUCAUGAUUGCACAGGAGUGCUAGUAUCACAAAAAACUGUAUUAACUUCAGCUCAUUGUUUAGCAACUAUGAAGCUGGAUGAGACUGUAAUAGUGGUUGGAUCAACUGAUUUAAGACGCGGCAGAAAUUUUUAUCCAUCAUUUUGGCUUUCUUAUGACAGGUGGAUUUCACUGAAGAAUAAAGAGAGCCAAUACUCACUCAACGAUAUAGCUAUUAUAAAAUUAGCUACUGAGGUGCCGGGUUAUAUCCAUCCAGUGCUUUUAUCGACUAAACCAAGUAUCGAACUAUAUGGAUUAAGAGUCGUAACAGCAGGAUGGGGUGAAAAUAGAAAUGGCGAUAUUAAUAAUUUUUUGGAGGCUGUAAUUGUCAAUGUUAUACCGCAUAGGGAAUGUGAAAAUAAAAUCUUUCGAGCUACUGGUGAAAGAAUUUCAAUUGGAAAAAAUCUCUUGUGUACCGUUGCGAAUCCAUAUGCACUUCUGUGCAGGGGAGAUAGCGGUGGUCCUUUACUAGACAAUGGAAAGCUUAUUGGAAUAAAUAAAGGAGUCUGUUUAUAUCCAGAAUUUCGUUUUCAUCCAGAUAAAAUAAAUAUACACAUGUCUAUUAACCAUUAUAAGGACUUUAUAGUAGAUGUUAUACAAAAUUUUUAA